UAAGGCUGGCCAGACGCACACGUCACCUGGUCCCUGCUCAGCACGGCUCCUCCUUGGAGCCCGGGGUGAUGGCUGGUCUGAACGUGUCCCUGUCCUUCUUCUUUGCCACCUGUGCCCUCUGCCAGGCAGCCAGGAGGGCGUCCAGGGCCCUGCUCUCGGCAGGCGCCUAUGCCAGCUUCGCCCGGGAGGUCGCUGCGGCGGCCCAGCUGGCAGCCUGCUGCCUGGAGAUGCAGGUUCUGAUGGAGAUCGGCCCCUGGGCAGGGGGCUUCGGGCCCGACCUGCUGCUGACCCUGGUCUUCCUGCUCUUCUUGGUGCAUGGGGCCACCUUCGAUGGGGCCUCGGCCAACCCCUCUGUGGCCCUGCAGGACUUCCUCAUGGCUGAGGCGUCUUUGUCCAGCACCCUGCUGAAGCUGGCAGCCCAGGGGCUGGGCAUGCAGGCCGCCCACACCCUGGCCUGGCGCUGCUGGGCCUGGGAGCUCAGCGAGCUGCACCUGGUGCAGAGCCUCAUGGCUGCCCACUGCAGCUCGGCGCUGCGCACCUCUGUGCCCCAGGGCACCCUGGUGGAGGGAGCCUGCGCCUUCUUCUUCCACCUGGCCCUCCUCCGCCUGCCGCACAGUGCCCCUGUGUACAGGGUGCCCACCCUGGCUCUGCUGGUCACCGUCAUGACCUACGUAGCUGGGCCCUACACGUCCGCCUUCUUCAACCCUGCCCUGGCCGCCUCCGUCACCUUCCGCUGCUCCGGGCACUCCUGGCUGGAGUACGCCCAGGUGUACUGGCUGGGCCCUCUGACAGGCAUGGUCCUGGCUGUCCUGCUCCAUGAAGGUUGCCUGCCCCGCCUUUUCCAGAGAAACCUGCUCUACAGGCAGAAGAGCAAGUUCCGAACCCCCAAAGGGAAGCUGGCCCCAGGUUCUGAGGACAGGCGGGCACUGGCGGCAGGGUGCAGUGGCCAGGAGCUGGGGCGGGGCAGAGCCGCUGCUGCGGGGCUACUGCUGAGCCGCCUGGCUCCGUGAACGCCAGCGAGGGUCAGCGCUGAUGGACCUGGGGCCUCGGAGCCGAGGGGGCCCCAGCUCUCCUCCCUGGAAGCCACUUGUCAAUAAACCGUUGCUCGGUGCCUGUCUCCCUGGGCCUGAAAGGCCUCUCGAGGGGCGGGCAGGGCGCGCACUCGUC